CCCUCGCGCCCGCCUCGCACCCACAUGGCCCGCAACAAGAGCAAGUCGCGGCAGGCGGCCCUGGGCCUGCACUCCUCCAACGGCGCGGCGCCAUCGGGCUCCAAGAAGCGCGCACUGCCGCCGCUGCCGAGUGCCAAGCGCGCGCGCCAGGAGGUCGGCGAGGUGCAGGAGCGCGCCAGGGAGGUCAAGGCGGGCGCCACCAACGAGCUCGAGCUCGGCCACGAGGUGCUCGCACAGCAGGCCGAGGAGGCGCAGAGCGGCAUCGACGGCGAGGAGCAGGAGCUGCCCGGCGGCGUGCUCGUCGAGGAGCUCGAGACGACGACCGAGACGCUGCUGCGCCUCGUCGGCUGCGCCGACCGCAUCGCGGGCCGGGACUUUCGAGCGUUCCGUAGCGCACUGCACCAGUUCCACACGGCUCACUCUCUCGCCACUGGACUCUCCACCUCGCUGCCCUCGCGCAUCUCCUCCGCGCUGGGCUCUGGCAGAUGGCUAGAUGCGCGCGUGGCUCUUGUCGAGAUGCGCCUGCGCGGACAGAAGCCCAGGCUUGGAGCACUGCAGCGCUGGGUGAGAGAGUGCGACGCCGCCGCGGGCGGAAAGCAGGAGGGAGAGGAAGAGGAGGUCUGGAAGACACUCGAGGAGAUCAUGCGCACAGUCGACCCCUCCGUCGACCGCCAGACUGGAGAAGAGGAGAUCGUGCAGAACAGGAAAGGCGUGCGGCGCAUGAAAGAGUGGGGCAGCAAGAAGGCUAGGGAGCAGCGAGACCUCUGGGAGGAGCUUCAGAACGGGUCCUUGCUGUCCAACGAGAGCCUGGAGGAGCUCCGCGCGCCGUUUCAGGUCCUCGAGACCGUGCCGGGCGCCGCGCGCAAGCCGCCGAACGCUUAUCCGUGCAUCCUCUACCACUCGCCCGUUCAACAUCCUCUCAUCUCCCUGCCCACUCCUGCCGAGCCGGCGACUGGCGCUCCGCAUCCUUUCGUUCCGGGCCUCAGCCUGCUCGAGAACGUGCUCUCGCCGACCGAGGCGCACACGAUCAUCAAGAUGGCCGAGGCCAGGGGCCUCGAGCCCGACGAGCCGCUCGGCAGGGAAGGCGGAGCCAGCACGCUUGCGCACAACCUCGUCUGGAUUAUUCCCGAAGACUAUCACUCGGCAUUCUAUGCGCGCAUUGCCCACCUGCUGCCGGCAGAGCUGGCGGGCAGCAAGCUCGCGGGGAUCAACAGGCGGUGGCGCAUCUACAGAUACCGCCCAGGCGCGCUCUACCGGCCGCAUGUGGAUGGUGCCUGGCCCGCAUCUUCGGUGUCCUACCCGGCAUCGGGCGCGUCUGGCGCCGCCAGCUACGUGUACGACUCGGACCCGCUGCUGUACAGCCGGCUCACCCUGCUCCUCUAUUUGAACGACGGCUUCACCGGCGGGCACACGACCUACUUCCUCCCAGCCACCGACACCCAGGGCGUGCUGGCAUAUCCGCUGCGCCCGACAACAGGCGGCGCGGCCGUAUUCCCGCACGGCAACGCCGACGGCAGUCUCCUGCACGAAGGCAGCGGCGUCGGCCAGGGCGCGAAGUGGGUCGUGCGGACGGAGGUCCUCUACGCUGUCGGGCGUGAUGGCCGAGGCGGGGCGGACAAGUGAGCCUGCUGAGCCGCGCAGACCUCUGCGCGGUGAUGGUUCCUUCUGUGCGUCGUGGCGAUGGUGAAAUUGAGAUCGUGGUAC